UUGGCAGCGGCUAAGGCGGAGCGCGCAGCUCGCGGGCUAGCCCUGGCAACCGCACCAGAGGAGGAUGGGGACCGCAACCCCGGCUUCGCGCGGGGCCACCGCGAAGGCCAGAGCGGUGCAGAGACUUAUCGUGUGACUGGGAGGAUGGACGACAGGACGGGAGGCAGCUAACGGGGUUCCCUCUCCGCUCCCGGUCCUCGGAGGCUCACAUCGCAGGUCCCGAGUGGGCUCCGACGACAGCACUGCAGCGCGGAACUAAUCUUGGGCCAAGAUGAGAGUGCCAGCGGCCCAACCCGGGGCCGUGGUCAGAACUGGCCGCAUUCUGCCGCGCUGAGGGCGUGAGGCUGAGAGGGGCGCAGGCAACCAGGUUGUGCUUGAGCUCACUGACAUGGUGAGGGAGGAGUGCAAGGCGCUGCUGGACGCGCUCAACAAGGCGACCGCAUGCUACCACCACCUGGUGCUGACCGUCGGCGGCUCGGCGGACUCGCAGAACCUGCGCGAGGAGCUGCAGAAGACGCGCCAGAAGGCGCAGGAGCUGGCGGUGGCUACCGGAUCCCUCCUGACGACCGCGCUGCGAGACAAGCACCUGGGCGCAGAGGAGCGCUCCGAGUUCCAGCGCCUGUGGGUAGCCUUCUCUGGCUGCCUGGAACUGCUGGAAGCCGACAUGCAGCGAGCCCUGACGCUGGGCACCACGUUCCCACUGCAUGCCCCACGGCGGCCGCUGGUGCGCACUGGUGUGUCCGGCGGCUCUGCUAGCGUAGCGGCACGCGCCCUGAGCGUCCGCAGCCUGCGGCACGAAGCAGAGCCGGACUUCGACGUGGAAGAUCUGCGCAAGCUGGAGCGGGAGAUCCUUCAGGUGGGCAAGAUGAUCCACGACAUGGAGAUGAAGGUCAACGUGCCCCGCUGGACAGUGCAAGCCCGGCAGGCGGCGGGUGCCGAGCUUCUGUCCAGUGCUGGCGCCUCCACGGCCGGCUUUGUGUCCGUAGAAGAGCGCACAGGGCCGUGCGACCUGAGCAAAGCCCUGGCUGCCACAGUUUUCAGCGCCGUGCUGCUGGCGGCUGUAGCCCUGGCGGUGUGCGUGGCGAAGCUGAGCUGACCGACACCCGACGGCCCCCGCCUUCACCACUGCUCCUUCCCCAGAGACACCCCUUUCCCAGAAUGACCUCUACCACCAGGACUCAGGAUGGGAGUGGAAUCUGGCGUGGUUAAGAGGAGCGGUCCUAAAAUUCUGUGUAUGUAGGUGUACACGCGUGUUUCAAGCACACAUCUGCCAUCAGAACGUAGUUCCCUCUGUCUGGACGGGGAGGAGUUAAUUUUGUGUGGGCUGGCAGGGCAUUACGGCUAACGUCCGCAGGAGCUUUAUCGCUUUAUCCCCUAUUAAUAGAAAACCGUCCACAGUGACCCUAGAUUCCUCUGAGUUAAUGGGUUACCGCCUGUGCUGCUGGGGCGUGUUUAUACUGAGUCCGGGCUUGGUGCCACCAUCCCUGCUAACGACUCCUACUCUUUGCAUGGGGCAGUUUGAAAAAGGGGUUGAUGAAAUCAAGUGUGGAACUGUUUUGCGGGGACAGGGUGGGGGAGGGUUCUUCUGAAUGAGAGGCAGAUUGCAACAAGAUAUAAAAGCAGGGGUUUUGUUUGUUUUUGUUUUACCUUAAUCCUUUGGGGCCUAAAUUUAGGAGAGUGCAAAUAGAAGUUCAUGCAAAGUGCUUUCUCCAUGGCUCACGAUUGUGCUUCUUGACAGAGCUUACCCAUUAGUCACCAAAAUAAGAAGAGGUUUGGGGUGGUGCCCUCCCUGGCAGGGUCUGAUUCUGCUUAGGAAACCAGAAAGGGGCCAUAGAACCUGCCUUCAGGAGACUGAAGCCACUGCACACACUGCCUAUUUAAAAGGGCUCUCUGCCAGCCUGGGAGCGGUGCAAGCUUUGGGAAGGGCUGCAUGCUAUUUAGGCAGGGACUUUCUCCUUCCCUUUGUCUUAUUUUUGUUCCAGAGCUAGACCAGAGUUUUUGAUCCUUCUUUUGGGGGAGGGCUAGGGAAUCCUCUUCGGAGCCCUUAAUCUUAUCUAUCCCUCGGAAUUUGCUUGGCAGCCAGUAGGAGGGCUAGCUUUGAAAGGAGCCUCACGGCUCUCUGACCUCAACACUGCCCCCUGAUGGAGUAUAGUGGCAUCACUGUCACACAGAGGUUUUGAGCCAAUUAGCCAAGUCUGGGUUAGACUGUUAGACUGUUAGACCUUUAACUUGGAAUGUAAGAACCGUUUUAAAAAUAACAAUCAUUUUAAAGAAAAAUCACAUAACCACAUUGUGUACUAUCAAAGCUGUUUUUUUCCCUAAAGGACAUUUGGCCACGAAUAUAUGUGCCAAUGAGUCAAACAUAGCAGUCUUAAAUACUUUGGUUACUAAAUAUACAUCUGCAUCUAUUUUUAAAAUUGAUCUUGAAGGCAGAAGGUCAUAGCAAAAACUACCAAAACCAUAAGUGUAGACAACAGAAGUGGUCAUUGCUUUAAUUUUUUAAAAAAAAUUAUUUAUUGAUUUUAGAGAGGGGAAGCAAGAGAGAAACAUCAAUUUGUUGUUCCACUUAUUUAUGCAUUCAUUGGUUGUUUCUGUAUGUGCCCUGACAGGAGAUCAAACCCCCAACCUUGGCAUACUGAGACAAUGCUCUCUGAUCAACUGAGCUACCUGGCCAGGGUGGACCUUACUUCUUUUGUCUAUAAAUAAGGAAAUGUAGAAAACACCCUGGGUCUCAGGCUGGAAUUUGCUUGAUCAGGGCUGCCACCUCCUAUCUGUUGCAGAGAGUGCAUCUGCUGAGAAAAAGAUGCAUUUAACUCCCUAAAGGUAAUAAUUUGGAAUAAAACUCAGAGGCUUUGGUUUGGCUGAAAACUGACAAGAAUUUUUUUUCUUUUUUACCUCAGAAGUGAGUAAAGGUGCCAGGAGGAGUGAAUUUGCAGCUUUUCACAAGGGCAGCUUGGAGGGGCAAAGGGCAGAAGCAAAUAGCAGCAGUAGUGCUGGCCAGGCACUCAGCAUGGACUGAGGGCGUACUUCCAGCCCCUGCCCCACCAACUCCCACUCCUCCUCAGCACACAGGUUCCAGGAACUUAGAAUGUGAGAUGUUUGCAACGAGUCUGUGAUAAUGGUUUGAAAAGACUCACAAGGUCUUAGGCUGAUUAUAAGUUUUACGAUAAUUAAAAGGAGCUCCUCCCUCAUCCAAUCUGGGUGAAUCUGAUAGCAACCAACAUUAAAUUCUUUUGCACUUGAUGGCCAGGGUACCUUCAGAGAUGGCACAGAAAGUUUUCCAACUCCCCUAUGCCCCUUCUGGUAUACAUACAACAUGACAUGGAACCUCUGUCACCUCCCCAAAGUCUUGUCUCAGGGAAGAGGAAGCUGGGGUAAUUUUUUUUGACCCAGUAUUGGUAAAUAUCCCUAAAAACCAAUCCCUGAAUAGAUUCUCCUUUUUCUAGCACUGUGGCUCUCUGUUCUUUCUAAUUAAAUUUAUUGAUUUUAGAGAAGGGGUAAAGCAGAGAUAAAAACACCAAUUUGUUGUUCCGCUUAUUUAGGCAUUCGUUGGUAUGUGCCCUAACUGGGGAUGGGACCCACAACUUUGGUGUUUUGGGAUGAUGAUCUAAGCAACUGAGCGACCCAGCCAGGGCCUCUGUUCUUAUCAAGGUGUUUUGUUCAUGGAAAAAAAAAUUGUUCAGGCCCCAGCUGGUUAGCUCAGUUAUUUAGAACAUCCAGAUAUGUCAAGGUUGUGGAUUUGAUCUCUAGUCAAGGCACAUAGAGGAGUCAACCAAUGAAUGCAUAAAUAAGUGGAACAACAAAUUGUCCCUCUGUCUGUCUGUCUGUCUCUCCCCUCUCUCUCUCCCACAUACACACUCUCUCUCUCCCAAAUCAAUAAAUUUUAAAAAGGGAAAACAAAAAUUUCAGCAGAACCUGCUAAAGAAACAGCUAGCCCACUAGAAGUUGUGUAUGUAAUCCAUAGGGAGCAGUCCGGACAGUUUUCUUUGCUGUUGCUCCUUCCCCCGACCUAGGCAGACCCUUGGGCAUUUACGUAUACAUGUAGUCAGAUGUGCACCUGAUUCCCAGAGUCCUCUGCUCGUGGACAUUAGUGGUAAGAUGCUGCAACAAGAGGCUGGAUUACAAUAAACACAUUUAUCCUGUAGAUGUGUUUUGCCAUUAAGGGGCAUGUAUGAGGUCGGGGCCACUUAAUUUGGAGGUUCAGAUUUGCGGACAAUAAAAACCCAAGUCAAAGGUCAAUAACUAAGCACUUUAUUAAGCAAGAGCAAAGCAAAAGCAAGAAUCAAGAUCGUACAUCACCAGAUGGGAAUUCACCAACACCUGGACAUAGAUGCUGGGAAUCCCAGAGACAACAUUUGGGAUCUGACUGGGAAAGUGCUGAGCAAAGCAUCAUUCUCUCAGGAUAUAAAUGAAGAGGUCAAUGUUGAAGUCUAUGGAAGAGAACAUCCACUUCCCCAAACUGAAGGUAUAAGUUAAAGGUGAAGUUAAGUACACGUAGAGAGAAAACACCCCUGGCUUCUCUUCUGGGGACAACAGUGCUGCUUUACGUGCCACUGGGAAGACAAGCGCUUGAAAUGUCAAGACUCUUAUCAUGGGAACUUUGAACCAUUGCUAUUGGUUAAAAGAAAAAAUGUUUGUAUGAGAAAAAAUGCCUACUGGCAAUUUUUUAUGUGCUCUAAGAGCUUAUGCUUUUAAAUGUCAUAAGGGAAAAUAUUUUUGGUAAAUAAAAGGAGAGCAUAAACUUCAUGAUUUA